AUAAGUUAUUAAAUUCACUGAAUAACAAUAAGACAAGCGGAGUUUCCUGUACACCCAGCCGGCGCAACCCGGCCAUGUUAAACUUGAUCUGACAAGAAAGACAACAUGAAACUGCAAAACAACCACAAAAUGCUCAAUUUUCAGAAACUGUCUCUUCUACUGACGUUGCUGUUUCUGGUAGUGAAGCCUGCAACGGCCAAGAACCUCUGCGCGGAUAAAUGUGGUCACGUUCGUAUUGAAUUUCCAUUUUAUCUCAGAAAUAAAAACUUGAAUCACACCACCGACUACCCUCCUGAAUUCGGUCUAUUAUGCUCCCAACAAAAUGAGCCCAUGCUGAAGCUGCCUGCUGUUCCAAUACCAUUGUUUGUCAGAAAAAUUGAUUAUAAAUCUACGCUAAUUGAAAUAUAUGACCCCCAAAAUUGCCUUGCUGAUCUACUCUUGAAACUCAACAACGCGUCCAUCUCUCCAUUCCGAUUCGUCAAAUAUUUUGGUCGUCCUCCUCCCGUCUUUGACGUUUCCUUCUUCCGUUGCGACUCAUUGUCGUGCCCUAUUUCGCUACUAGAAUCCCACAACGACGUCGUUGACCCCCGAUUAGUAUCCUGCACGAAGCUGAAAGAUGUUUCCGUGGAAUGGUGGUGGUCUUGGUAUUUUCAGCAGAAGCUUUUUAUGGAAUGGUCCAAACCUGACUGUGGAUACUGUGAAGCACAAGGCCUAAAAUGUAAAUGGAAGAAUGGUACUAACGGUGCAACUGAAUGUUAUGCUUGCCGAACAAAAAGGAUUCCCACGUCAACUGUCGUCCACAUUGCUACAGGAGUAGUAGUUGGUUUGAUACUUUUGCUGCUACUGGUCAAGGCAUUGUUUUAUGCGUAUGAAUAUUAUGAGAAGAGAGGAGAAGACCAGACUCGAAUAGAGAGAUUCUUGGAGGAUUACAGGGCAAUGAAGCCUACCAGGUUCACUUAUGCUGACAUCAAGAGAAUCACAAAUGGGUUUAGUGAGGGUUUAGGGGAAGGAUCUCAUGGAGCAGUGUUCAAAGGAAUGCUCUCCCGUGAAAUUCUUGUUGCUGUGAAGAUACUCAAAGAUACAGUGGGAGAUGGGAAGGAUUUCAUAAAUGAAGUGAGAGCCAUUGGGAAAAUUCAUCACGUUAAUAUUGUUCGCUUGCUUGGUUUCUGUGCAGAUGAGUUCCACCGUGCUCUCGUCUACGAUUUCUUUCCAAAUGGGUCGUUGCAGAGAUUCUUGGCUCCACCGGACAAGAAGGAUGUUUUCCUUGGUUGGGAGAAGUUGCAACAAAUUAGUCUUGGUAUUGGCAGAGGGAUUGAGUAUCUCCACCUUGGCUGUGAUCAUAGAAUUCUUCACUUUGACAUCAAUCCUCACAAUGUUUUGCUAGAUGACCUUUUUGUCCCAAAAAUCACUGAUUUUGGACUAGCCAAGUUGUGUCCCAAAAAUCAGAGCACGGUGUCCAUGACUGCAGCCAGGGGAACUUUGGGCUACAUUGCCCCUGAAGUUUUCUCUCGGAACUUUGGUAAUGUGUCAUACAAGUCGGACAUUUACAGCUAUGGAAUGUUGCUGUUAGAAAUGGUUGGAGGAAGAAAGAAUACAAAUGUUUCAGUUCAGGACAGUUUCCAAAUUCUGUACCCAGAGUGGAUCCACAACUUGGUGGAAGGAAAAGAUAUGGAAAUUAGCGUUGAGGAUGAGGGAGAUGCUAAAAUUGCCAAGAAACUUGCCAUUGUAGGACUUUGGUGCAUUCAAUGGAACCCAGCGGAUCGUCCUUCCAUGAAAACUGUGGUACAAAUGCUUGAAGGGGAUGGACAUGAGUUAGUAGCACCCCCUUCUCCUUUUCAUAUUUCUGGUUCUUCUACAGCAAAAACUGUUGUUCCGACAAGACGUCAAAAUUUUGAGUUGGAGGUUAUUCAUGAAAUAGAAGAAAACAAUGUCGAUCACUUUUAGGUUUCCAAAUGUUAUCUACAUAUUUUAAAGGAGUUUUAAGAUUGAUCAACUAUGAUAAUAUUAACCAUGUAAGCUUCUUAAUCAACUUUCUUAUUUCUUCUCACCUUAAGCUUCAACGAUCCAUUUUGAUUAGUUUUGAUGAAAAACAUAUAUAUUUAAAAAUCAAAAAUAUCAAAGUAUACAGGAGAAUUGAUUUCUAUGUACUCACAAGAAUUCAUGAGAACUGGACAUCGAUCAAACUCCAUUAAAAUCAAAUAUAAGUACAAAAGAAACAAAUAAAAAAGCAAAAGUAAGUGCCUGUAACUACUCAAUACAUCAAACUAAUAUAAAAAAUAAAGAAAAAGAAACCAAAAAUAGAAUAAUAGUACAAGACUUAUUUUUCUAACCACAUUUGUCUAUUAAGUUUAUUUGAGUCUACCUUAUUUUAAUAAAAUUAAGGUUCUCACACUAAAAUGGCCAAAAUACACAUUCCAAAAGAAAUGUGAGCUUGGCCUAAAGAAAUGACUUAUUUACACAUUUACAAAGCUAAAAGAAAGUAACAUUGGUCCUUGCCAUUGGCCAGUGUUGCAACUCCUUGGAUUAGUUUGCAUCUU